GGCUAGCCCCGCACCACUGGAGCCUCGCAUUCACACCUAGGGUAGGUCGUUCCAUCAGGUCUGGGACACACAGGCCCCUGGAGAAAUCUCCCUCGUUGACAUCUCUGUGUGUGUGUGUGUGUGUGUGUGUGUGUUUCUCUUUUCGCCUCUCUUCCUCCCGCCAUUUCCAACUUGCUUCACUCACAGAGGGUAUCGCGGCCAUAGCCCUGUUCUCAACAUUUCUCUCUCUCUCUCUCUCUCUCUCUCUCUCUCUCUCUCUCUCUCUCUCUUUUCGUUCGUCUGCCUGGUGCCAACCAUCUCGAGCGAACGCUGAUGGGAGUGAAACAUCACAGAGGGGGGGGAUCUUCAGGGGGGAUGGCCAUCGCCAGGGCCAAUCAACAGGUUGAGCGCGCACGCCUGCUGUUUCUGUCUCUGGUGAUGUGUUGCGCCUUCCAUGCGGAUCUGCCCGCGCGCGCCGGCGCGGACGCUUUACCGCUCAAUCAGGAUCAGCCCCCGGGCGCCGUCGCUGAACCUCUGCUUUUCAGUGUGGGUCCGCACGUGGGACCCGACUUAGAUGCCAUGCCCAGCGAAGCUCAACCGCUGAUGAUGGCUAUGGAUAUGCAUUCCGUAGAGGGGGCGACGGCGGGGGAUGAGCGGCGGCCGGACUUCGCUCUCAAGAUCCCGAUGCUGGGCGUGCGCCCCGAGCACGCGGACAUCGCGCAGUCCCCCGAAGGGAACAUGAAGCCGCUCACGUACGACGCGCUCGUGCGCGAAGGGUUGCGCCGCCCUUCCCCCGUCGCCGGCGAGAAUGCGCGCCCUGCCUCUGACUACGACCACCAGGUUGCGCUGACCGACAUGUUCCUUGCGCGCCUCGAAGCCAAGCGCCUCUUCAGCGGGUCUAUUGCCAUUGCUAUUCGAGAUCGGAUCGUCUAUAACCAGAACUUCGGCUAUUCCUCCUUUGAGCUUCAAUCACGGUUCAAAUCUCAAUCCACCUUCCCCGUCGGUUCUUGCAGUCGCCUGUUUGUGGCAAUCGCAAUCAAUCAACUCGCGCUGGCGGGUGUCAUCAAGCUGACCGACACUAUAGACACAUACCUGGAUCCCGACGAGCUCGGUUUUAAGACUCCCUAUUGCCCUCAGAUCUAUGGGCCUUGGGAUGAGCCUCCGACUCCGCCGCCUGAUGGCGGCGGCGGCGCUGCGCCAGCGGACUGCGCCAUCCCUACCAUUCUCCACCUCCUAACCAUGACGUCGGGAUUUGCUGACGUCAUCUCUUGCCAUUAUGAUGAGAACUCGUGGAUGGCCAGAAGAUGGUGUUUUGGAAGAGAUGGUCCUUUUCGAGAUUCAGUUAUGGGUCUCGUUACGAACCUGGACUUCAUGAUGGGCAGAUACCUUGCCAGUGAAUUGGUCAGACUUGUGAUUCGUGCGCCGCUUUGGUUCGCCCCGGGCGCCAUGUUUGAUGACAGCGACGUUAAUUAUUGGUUCCUUCAACACAUAAUCGAAAAGGUGACCAGGAUGCCCUAUGGUGCCUAUGUGGAGAGGAACAUCCUUAUUCCAGCGGGGCUGACAUUUACACGGUACGAUCCUUCUGGGGGUGUUGGUGCUGUUUUCCGCAAUUCGGUCGAGGGACCUGGGUACUAUGUCACUGUACGUGAUGGCGCUGAGGAUCAGUUUCUGAGGGGUGGGGAAAUGCACGUUGGACGCUAUCCGGUGUUUGAACCGUACGACUUUGGUCUUGCCGCAGCAUCGGGGGCUAUCUACACCCGCCCGACAGGUAUCAUCAAGUUAAUUACGACCCUCCUCCAGAACCCCUCCAAAUUGAAAUUGACCCAGGAAACAGUACAAGCCAUGCUAACCCCUCCGGAGGGCAUCUUCAUUGACAACGAGUACACCAACGCAACAGAGGAGGACCGGCUACGAUAUGCUCAGGGAAUCGCUGUGUUUCACAGUAGUGCCCCCCCCUCAGGUGUCAUCCGACUAUUUGCCCCCGGCGACAUGCAAGGCUUCACAACCAUGGUCCAUGCCACUGUAAAUGUGACCGAUGGGUAUGCCAAUAUCGGGACCCUUGUCUAUUCCAGAAAUGUCAAAUUUGUGCACCCUACUCUGGAUGCAGACACGUGCACACUUUUUCGCGAUGACCACAGCCCAAACAUCACCCAGCCUGAGCUCCUCACCAUUCCACCCGAUCUGUGCGACAUGUUCAAGCUAAACCCGAAUGGGUUCGACUACGUCGCACGUGGGCUGUCGAGAAUAUGGCCACAGCUUGCCCUGGGUUCAUAGGAAGUCGACAGCUCGGCAAGGGACUCAGGACUUCGGCGAUCCACUGUCCAAUGAACACAUUCGCCUUUCAAACAAUUUUAAUGAGGUUGGGAAUUUGAAGGACUUGAAACUACCCCCUUGGGAGAACAUUUGUUUAUAGUUAGAUUAGGGUUGAUGAAAAUAUAUGCCCACAGCUUGCUAUGGGGAUUCAUAAGAAGUCGACACUUCGGCAAUGGACUUGGUCUGACAGUUCGGCAAUGGACUUGGUCUGACUUCGGCGAUCCACUGUCCCAUGAUGCAUUUGCAACGGAGGCAAUUUUAACGAGGAGGUAAUGGAUCUCAAUCGAGCUCUUCUCAUAAGUCAAAGCUGGGUAAUGACCCCGGUGUUUUUAUCUGAGUUUGUACGCAAGGGACGCUGGACCCGGUUUCCAGCAGACCCGGUUUCCAGCAGGUGUUGCUCCUCACCAAUAGAUGCAGGCCCCUAUAGGGAGGCUACUGUUGGGGGAUGCUCGUAUGACCCAAAAACAGUACUUCCCGCUGGGGUUUUCAGAAGAAGAAAAAAAAAAAAAAGAUUUGAAGAACUGGACACCUUCCUCUGGCCCACUUCCCCCCGGGAGAACAUAUGGGCAUAGGUAGAUCAGGUCUGUCAAAAAUAUGGCCACACUUUGCCAUGGGUUCAUAAGAAGUCGACACUUCGGCGACUGACUCGGGACUUCAGAGACGGACUCGGGAGUUCGAUAAUGGCCUCGGGACUUCAGCAAUCGACUUGGGACUUUGGCAAUCGACUAGGGACUUCAGCGAUGGACUGUCCAUUGCAUCCGGCACUCGAAACAAAUUUUAACAAGGUGAAUGUGAAGCGCUGAACUCUUCGUUCUGCGAGAACAUAAGGGUUAUAUUAUGUACUUUAGGGUUGUCGAAGAUAUGGCCGCAAGAAGUCAACAGUUUGGCUGUUUUAACUCGGGACUUCGGGGUCGGACUUGGGACGCUGGACUGUAGAAUGCAUUUGCAAGCUCAAAUAAUCUGAACGAGGAGGAUGUGAACGGCUGGACAGACGCUUCCUCCUGCCAGAAUAUAUAUGGGUAUAAUGGAUAUAUGUAGGUUAGGAAUGUUGAAAGUACAGCCAGAGAUCUCUGUGGGUUCCUAGGGAGUUGACACUUGGGCCAUGGGCUGUGUGAUGCAUUUGCCACUCAAGCAAUAUUAAGGAGGAGCAUGUGAAGGCCUUGACAAUUGCCUCUGCGAAAAUAAAUCCAUAUUUAUUAU